GAGGAAUGUCGCUCUUGGCAGCCCUCACCGCCUGGCUGCGUGGUGCGGGUGCCGCCUUUUAGCAGGUCUCGCGGAAACGUUGGUCAGUGAGGGCGGGAUGGCGGCAGCCACUUAACUUGCUACUUCCGUCCCUGUUACCACCGCGACUGUUAUACUUACCUGUUACUGUUACCGUUGAAGGGGCCCAGUUGCGUCAUAUUUGUGGAGGAUAUACGCCGUGAUGGGGAAGACUUUAUAAACAAUUUUGAGAGACAGAAAAGAGAAAGAAAGGAAUGAAAGAGUGAAAAGAAAUAUAGAAAAAGGAAAUAAUGAAAGAAAUGGACAUAAUUAAAUCAGAAAAGUAUAGAAGAACCAAUUAAAUAAGCGGACAAGAAAGAUAAAAAGAAGAAAAAGACGAAACAACACCAAGAAAUAAAUAAAAAAACACUCAAUAUAUGAAUCAAAACAAAACAAGUGGAGAAGAUAAACAAUAAGCAAACAACGACGGAAAAGGACACAAGGUAAAAUAGACGAAAAAAAGACAUAAACAAAACGAGGAAAGAGAUAGAAAAUAAAAGGAAAAAGAAGAACAGAAAACCAUUAGUAUCUUCACAGCGACGAUGAAUCCGCGGUCCCUUUUCGUGUUCCUCUUGACGCUGACGGUGACUUCGGCGGACAAUGUGGAGCUCUUCUGGAACCUCUACGAUGCCGUGGUGUCCGGGGGCCGAAUCCUGCACGACGUGGCCAAUGGGGUGGGCGCCGUGUCCAAGGCAAUCCAGGCCAUAGACACCUUUUUGGACGCCUCCGCAGCGCAACAGGUGGCCGAGCUGUUACCCCCCAAAGAAGAGAGCAACAGCAACCAGGCGGCGACGAUUGAGGAGACAACGCCCGCCACAGCAUCCUCCGCCGACGCCGCCACCCCCGCCGCCGACGAGGUACCAAUUCCCAGCAGCUUCAACGGGUGUGGCGCGCUGGGGCUGCACAUACGGGAUGACACACUACCUAUAAGCACCAUGACGGACUGCUGCGGCGUCCACGACACCUGCUACGCCGCCUCCUGCAGGGCCAACAAGAAGGAGUGUGACGGGAAGCUUCGGACGUGCUUAUUCUCGGCGUGUGAUGGUCGGCCGGCGGACAAGAUGCUGCAGAAGAGCUGUCGAGGCGCCGCUAAACUUCUGUUCUCUGGCACGAUGGCGCUCUCUUUCCAGCAGUAUAACGGAGCGCAGGACAAACUCGGCUGCAUAAGACCGCCGCCGCCGCAGAAGUUCCUAAAAGGCGGGAAGAAAGGGUGAGAAAGAUUACCAGGAAACCCAACGCUGGAACAUUGAUCUCAUCUUUCCACCCCAAUGUUUACUUUUCCGUCGAGAGAUCCCGUUGUGUGAAUCUCUCGGCAACAGGCAGGGAACUAAAUAAGGGCCAAAAUAUGAAACAUUUCGUCGCUCAAGCAUACUCACUUUUGACAUGGCUUUCCUGGGAGUUAUGAGCCUUUCUGUGGGUAGUUUUACGACCCUGGUAGGAGACAAGGCUUCUGUACCAUGGGCUCUAGAAAACACUCCUUAGAAUCCAUUUUAUCCCUUUUUUUGGCCUUUAUAAGUAAUUGAUGUGAGAGUCGGUAGCGUUUAAGAAUACCGAUCUAACCUUCCCCUGAGACUUGGUGUAAAAUAUUCUUACUUUAAUCCAUUAUGACCUUUUGUAAACAGCUUGACCUGACCUGAACCAUCUUACCUGGUUUGCCUUCCCUCCGACAUGCCUCCAGGUGACCUCCCUUCCAAACCUUGACCCUGUAAACUUUCCAGGUCAACAGAACCCUUCUCCCUGGCAAGUCCCUCUCGUCAUUCAUCUUUACUCCGAACCCAUUGUUACUUAAGUUCGAUGGCCAUUUACGAAGUUGAGAGAAAAUAACAACCCUUCUUUUUAUCUUCUUUCUUUUUUUAAUUAAUGAAAUGUGAUUGCCUAUUCAUGGCGUUUCCAGUAUUGUGUUGUCCUUUUCCAUUUUUCUUCAGCGUAUUGUCAUAUAAGAUAAAACGUGGGCUCGCGCGCUUCCCCGGGAAUUUGUGGUAUUGUCGAAAUUGUCCAUAAACUCGGACGGUUUGUAUCACACUUUCGUUUUAUAUGAUGCGCAUUUCCUUUCAAUAAAUGUGGAUGAAAUUGAA